GAAACGCACUGAUGGCUUGUAACCCGGUUUUCAGUUCACGUCUUGUGUCCCAAAGAACGAUUUUUUGAAUAGUUUAAAACUCAAAUCUAUUUUUAAUAGUAGAAACGUCAUUCUUUAUAGUCCAUGCAAUUAUGGCGGACCGAGGAGUGGAUCUGUCAUCGCUACCUAAAGAGGUCAGGGACCAGUUGGCGGAGUUGGAUUUGGAGCUAUCCGAAGGUGACAUCACUCAGAAGGGAUAUGAGAAGAAAAGAGGGAAGCUGCUGGCCCCCUUCAUCCCUCAGAAUCGCAGUGUGGAUCCUGCCCUGCAGAGUGUGCCGCGAGCCCCAGGCCCCAGUUCUGCUCCUGCCGCUGAUCCCCCAUCAGCCCCGGCUUCCUCCUCCAGCCACAGCCAUCGGUCCAGCCGGGCCCAGCGCUGCGGGGGGACCCGGGACGACCGCUACCGAUCAGAUAUCCACUCUGAGGCAGUGCAGGCAGCUCUGGCUCUGCACAAAGCACAGAAGAUGGCCCUGCCCAUGCCCACCAAGCGCAGGACUGCCAACACCCACCCCCGGGCCCCCACCUCCACCCCUCCUGACACCUCCUCGGCGUCGGAGGACGAGGGCUCGUUGCGCCGGCGGGCCUCGCUGAACGCCGUGCAGAACGACUGCUGGAUCAACCGCUCCCUGCAGCCCUCCUCCACCUCCUCCUCCGCCUCCUCCACCCUGUCGCACGGCGAGGGCAAGCCCCCGCCCGCCGUGCUCCCCGCCGUGCUGGCCGACGUGCUGGCCCACACCCGCAUCGAGAACACCAGCGUGCCCCCUGAUGUGACGUCGAUGGCGGUGCCGGAACAGGGCGUCCGGGUCGACCCGUCGCCCAUCCCUCCCGUCCGUGCCGUGAGCCGGGUCCCGAACCGCUCCAGCCUCAUGGAGACCGCCGACGGUAAAUCUCCAGGUGUUCCUGUUCACAGCAGGGUUUCCACCAAGAUCCAGCAGCUGCUCAACACCCUGAAGCGCCCCAAGAGGCCUCCUCUCAGCGAGUUCUUUGUGGACGAUGCCGAAGAGAUUGUGGAGGUCCCCCUGCCCGACCCCCACACCCCCAGGCCGGAAGGCCGGCAGAUCAUCCCGGUGAAGGGGGAGCCUCUGGGCGUGGUCAGUAACUGGCCCCCGGCACUCCAGGCCUCCCUGGCUCGCUGGGGGGCCUCACAGGCCAAGAGCCCCGCCCUCACCGCCCUCGACAUCACCGGCAAGACCCUCUAUACGCUGACCUAUGGGAAACUGUGGAGCCGCAGUGUGAAGUUGGCAUUCACCCUCCUCAACAGACUGGGCGCUAAGAACGAGCAGGUGCUGAAGCCAGGAGAUCGGGUGGCACUGGUCUAUCCUAACAGUGACCCGGGGAUGUUCUGGGUGGCCUUUUAUGGCUGCCUGCUCGCAGAGGUCAUCCCAGUGCCAAUAGAGGUGCCGCUCUCUCGAAAAGAUGCAGGGAGUCAGCAGAUUGGGUUCUUGCUGGGGAGCUGUGGUGUGAGCCUGGCACUGACCAGUGAAGUCUGUCUGAAGGGACUGCCCAAGACCCCCACUGGGGAAAUACUGCAGUUCAGAGGCUGGCCACUGCUGAAGUGGGUAGUAACCGACUCCAAAUACCUGACAAAACCCUCCAAGGACUGGCAGCCCCACAUACCCACAGCCAACACUGACCCUGCCUACAUCGAGUACAAAGCCAGUAAGGAGGGCACGGUGAUGGGCGUGGCCGUGUCCAAGAUUGCCAUGCUGACGCAUUGCCAGGCCCUGACGCAGGCCUGCAACUACUGCGAAGGAGAGACGCUGGUCAACGUGCUGGACUUUAAGAAGGACAUGGGUCUGUGGCACGGCGUGCUCGCGAGCGUGAUGAACCGGAUCCACACUGUGAGCGUGCCCUACGCUGUGAUGAAGGCCUGCCCCCUGUCCUGGGUCCAGCGCGUUCACACACACAAAGCUCGUGUGGCCCUGGUGAAGUGCCGGGACCUGCACUGGGCCAUGAUGGCCCACAGAGACCAGCGCGACACCAACCUGUCUUCUCUCCGGAUGCUCAUCGUCGCCGAUGGUGCCAACCCCUGGUCGGUGUCCUCGUGCGAUGCCUUCCUGAACGUGUUCCUGAAUCACGGGCUGAAGCCGGAGGUUAUUUGCCCCUGCGCCACGUCUCCCGAGGCCAUGACUGUGGCCCUCCGCCGGCCCGGCGUUCCCGGCGCGCCCCUUCCUGCGCGGGCCAUCCUGUCCAUGGGGGGUCUGAGUCAUGGCGUGAUCCGGGUCAACACGGAGGACAAGAACUCUGCGCUCACCGUGCAGGACGUGGGGCACAUUAUGCCUGGAGCCCUGAUGUGCAUUGUGAAGCCUGAUGGUCCGCCCCAGCUGUGUAAAACAGAUGAGAUUGGGGAGAUCCUGGUAAACUCUCGAGCUGGAGGGACCAUGUACUAUGGCCUGCCGGGUGUCACCAAAAACACGUUUGAGGUGAUUCCUGUGAACUCCAGUGGGGCCCCGAUAGGAGAGAUUCCCUUCGUACGGUCAGGCCUGCUGGGAUUCGUGGGCCCGGGCAGCCUGGUGUUUGUGGUGGGCAGGAACGAGGGGCUGUUGAUGGUCAGCGGACGCAGGCACAGCGCGGAUGACGUGGUGGCCACGGCCCUGGCGGUGGAGCCCAUACGCACUGUGUACCGCGGGAGGAUUGCGGUCUUCUCUGUGACCGUGUUCUAUGACGAGAGGAUCGUGGUGGUGGCGGAGCAGAGGCCUGACGCCAGCGAGGAGGACAGCUUCCAGUGGAUGAGCCGAGUGCUGCAGGCCAUAGAGAGCAUCCACCAGGUGGGUCUGUACUGUCUGGCUCUGGUUCCGGCAAACAGCCUCCCCAAAACUCCCCUGGGCGGCAUCCACGUCUCUGAGACCAAGCAGCACCUCCUGGAGGGAAACCUGCACCCCUGCAACAUCCUGAUGUGCCCCCACACCUGCGUCACCAACCUCCCCAAACCACGGCAAAAACAGCCAGUGGGGGUGGGUCCAGCCUCCAUCAUGGUGGGCAACCUGGUGGCAGGAAAGAGAAUUGCGCAGGCAGCUGGGAGAGAACUGGGUGUGACUGAAGACCAGGAAAUGCUCAGGAAGCACCAGUACCUAGCCGAGGCCUUGCAGUGGAGAGCCAGCACUGACCCGGAUCACGUUUUGUAUGUGCUGCUCAAUGCAAAGGGGGUGGCAGUGAGCUCAGCCUCCUGCAUACAGCUGCACAAGCGAGCGGAGAAGAUCGCCUCUGCCCUGAUGGAGAAAGGCAGCAUCAACACCGGAGACAACGUGGUCCUACUCUAUCCUCCAGGAAUUGACCUGAUUGGCUCUUUCUACGGCUGCCUCUACUCUGGCUGCGUCCCUGUCACUGUUCGGCCUCCACACCCUCAGAACCUGGCUGCCACCCUGCCCACUGUCCGCAUGAUCAUCGAUGUGAGUAGAGCAGCCUGCAUCCUCACCACCCAGGCCCUCCUGAGGAUCCUCCGCUCAAAGGAAGCUGCGGCCUCUGUGAACGUGAAGACCUGGCCCACCAUCAUCGACACAGACGACCUGCCGAGAAAACGCCCGCCUCAGAUCUACAAGCCCCCCACUCCUGAGAUGUUGGCCUAUUUGGACUUCAGUGUGUCCACCACAGGCAUGCUGACUGGUGUCAAGAUAUCCCACGCAGCCGCCAGUGCUCUGUGCCGCUCCAUCAAGCUGCAGUGUGAGCUGUACUCCACCCGCCAAAUCGCCAUCUGCCUGGACCCCUACUGCGGCCUGGGGUUCGUCAUGUGGUGCCUCUGCAGUGUGUACUCAGGGCACCAGUCCGUCCUGAUCCCGCCGUUGGAGCUGGAGGCGGCCCUCCCGCUGUGGCUGAGCACGCUCAGUCAGUACCGCAUCAGAGACACCUUCUGCUCCUACUCUGUGAUGGAGCUCUGCACCAAGGGCCUGGGAACACAGACCGCCAUGCUAAAGGCUCGGGGUCUGAACCUGACCUGUGUACGCAGCUGUGUGGUGAUUGCGGAGGAGCGCCCCCGCUUGGCGCUCACACAGUCCUUCUCCAAACUGUUCAAAGACCUGGGCCUGUCCCCCAGGGCCGUCAGCACCGCCUUCGGCUCACGGGUCAACCUGGCCAUCUGCCUGCAGGGCACCACUGGGCCAGAUCCUUCCACUGUCUACGUGGACAUGAAGUCCCUCCGACAUGACCGGGUCCGUUUGGUGGAGCGGGGAGCCCCGCAGAGUCUUCCCCUCAUGGAGUCAGGCACAAUCCUCCCGGGGGUCAGAGUGCUGAUAGUGAACCCAGAAACUCGGGGGCCACUGGGAGACUCCCAUCUCGGGGAGAUCUGGGUGAACAGCCCCCACAGCGCCAGUGGGUACUACUCCCUGUACGGCGAGGAGGGGCUGCAGGCGGACCACUUCAACACCAAGCUGAGCUUCGGGGACCCCCACACCCUGUGGGCUCGGACGGGCUACCUGGGUUUCGUCAAGCGUACAGAGCUGCUGGACUCCUGCGGAGACCGCCAUGACGCCCUGUUUGUGGUGGGCUCUCUGGACGAGACCCUGGAGCUGAGGGGCCUGCGCUACCACCCCACCGACAUCGAGACCUCCGUCUCCCGCGCACAUCGCAGCAUCGCGGAGAGCGCGGUGUUCACCUGGACCAACCUGCUGGUGGUGGUAUCGGAGCUGUGUGGCUCGGAGCAGGAGGCCCUGGACCUGGUGCCGCUGGUGACCAACGUGGUGCUGGAGGAGCACCACCUGAUCGUGGGCGUGGUGGUGGUGGUGGACCCCGGGGUCAUCCCCAUCAACUCCCGCGGGGAGAAGCAGCGCAUGCACCUCAGAGACUCCUUCCUGGCUGAUCAGCUGGACCCCAUUUAUGUGGCCUACAACAUGUGAGGAACACGAGACACCCCUUCCCGGGAGGCGGGAGGAGGCCCAAAAUGUCUGCCACCCUUCUUGGCCAGUCUGCACGGCGGCAGAGUGGAGAUGGGGGCCAGUUUUUUGCUAAACUUUUGCACGUAAAACUCACUGUUCUUCCAUCUCGGUCCAUCACCGGAGUCGCACUGCGGUGCAGACACCGCACAAGCUGCUCACGCCCACGGUCUGGUCUCUCUCCCCUUCCUUGCGUCCCGUUGUCCUGCUUUCCUCGUGGACGCGCCAGACCCCAAGGCAUGCACUAUUCCAUGGUCUGUCUGUUGGAGCGAGAUUCACGGCCCACUGUGGAAGGGGGGAGAGGGGGUGGGGGGCACUUUUCCGUCUUAUUUCCUGAUGCCCCUGAAAAGCUGGAUUGCUGUCCUCCUCUGCAGGGAUAAACGCAAAAUUCCCCGCUGAGAUAGAGAGCAGCCGUUCCCCCUUUUGCCCUCCAUACUCAUCUCCGCUCUGUAGUUUUUCAAUGGAAUUUCGCGUUCCCAGUUCCCGAGGUCGUCUCGUGGAGUCUAGUUACCAAGAAAAGGCCAUGUGCAAUCCAGUAACACUGCGAUCUCCUUCUGUCCGUCUGUGAAGGGAAUCGGGCGUACUCCCAUGUUCCAGGUUUAUCCUAAUUAUAAUGAUUGACCGGGGGGCUCUGAACGGCUGUAUUCAGUCUCUUUCGUUAAUCGAGUAAGCUUGAAAACGCUCAACUGUGGAACAGAUAUUUCCUCAGUUCAAAAGGUGCAUCAUCUCCUACGUCACAAAUAUAAGCAUGUCUGCGUCUCUUCACUGUAGUCCGGAGUGAGGAAACAGAGUUUUCCUCUCUUGGUGACCACUAUUCAGUUUAAAAUCGAUGUAUGAACAAAGGGCAUGCCUUGCGAUACGCGGUGGAAUUGCGUCACCGUUGAGUUUUGUUCUCUGUCGAAUGCUGAGAUUUGAGUUUACUGUAUUUUCACUGUGUUGUUUAAAAAGUUGAAACCGCUGGCCUGGUUUGAAUUGAACCGUUGCAGAGCGAGACGGGGUCGGGCAGGAUCCGGUCAGCUCUGGUCCCGUCGGGCGAUCCCUGGGGUGAGUGAACAGGCUGCUGGGCUUGGCCAGACAGCUGUGCUUUCAGUGCCGGCGUCACGCUGACCAGUCUGGUCCGGGAGCUCCAGUGGCCUUGUGGGAGUGGUGGUGACCGUGGCCCUGUGUGGGGAAAGCAAAGGUGCUUCUCUUAAACUCUUCCUUGGUGAGUCAGCUCGACUCCGUUUAUGGGGGGGAUUAGCAUUAGGAUUAGGGUUAGUAUCACAUUUACUGUAACUAAAGUAGGCCUGGAUGUUAUUCUCAGAGGGGUACCGUGGAUAGUGAAACAUGGCCUUCAGUAACCUUACCUAUAAACGGAUGCUCAGGCUAUUCUCAACCCGUUUCUGUUACCUCCAUUCAAAACUGUGCAGGGCAAAUCAAUGCUUCACUUUCCUUUUGCGAACCAAAUUCGUAUUUUGACACGUAUUUUCAACAGUGUCAACCUUUGACCCACAAAUUUGCAGUGUCAUUCACCUCUCUGGGAAAUUUCUAAAUGGAGGAGUGGAUUCUGGUAUUCUCAAAACCGGUGUCCCGGUGCUGUAGCCUACAACA